AUGGUGGUCAGAAAACAGGCCAUGAAGAGGGUGUGGGUGUGGGGCUCUCACUGACCUUUUCCUUCUGCAGGCUCCGUGAUUUUAGCAGCGUUUUGACUGUGCAUCAUAGCUAUUGUUUCCUUCCAAACCCUGCAUUCCUUGACAUCUUACCUUCCCAUCCUUUCCUCCCCUCUUCCUAUUCUGUCAAGUUCUGACUUUCUUUGAUCAGAUGAUUUGGGGGCAAAGGGCCUAGACUGCAGUCUCCUUUAGCUCCAGUGUCUCAAUCGGUCAGCUGACACUCACUGGACAUGUGACUCCCCUAAAGGUCUAGGGCACAGCAAAGUGGUUGCAGUGCCUGACCCUGAGGCAGAAGCCAGCCCUGCCCUAGGGCAGCAACUGAGGCAGGUUGCACAAGGACGAGUGGAUUUAGAAUUCCAAAGACUGCGUUUCAACACCCAUGACUCUCUAUUUAAAUUUUUGAAAACAGACUGCUCGCCGCCGUAACUCCACACCUAACACGGGUGCUGCAAAAUCCUAAACAGCAAAUCUUAGCAGGCCUCAAGGUGUCCCAGAGCCGCGAGAGUCUACAAGUGCCUUCUGAACUUCAGCGCUCAGAAGCUGUUCCGGGUCUUUCACUUUCGUCUAGCUCCCCGGAGACCAGCGUGGAUUACGUAAGGCUCCAGCGGUACAUCAUUAACAAACCAGUGACGCUUUCUCUUAGCCUCAGAAACUUUAUCCCCAGGGUCUGGUGGCGGCUGUGACUGCAGAACUCCCCGGCUCCAGAGCAGGAAGACCUGAGCAAACAGAUUGACGUGCCCUGGGUCCUCUCGCUGAGCUCAGAGCUCCUGCAUCCGGGAGUCUCCGAACUGGUCCUGUCCCUGGAGCAAGACUUCCCUCACUCUGCCUCUGAUCACCACCGGCUCGCUGCCAGCAAGGAAAGAGCAACAUCAGAGAGAUGAUGUGGCUGUGGCUAGGGCUCAUCGGGCAGAAGCUGUUGCUGUGGGGCGCAGCGAGCGCAGUCUCGGUGGCCGGUGCCACUGUCCUGCUCAACAUCCUGCAGAUGUUGGCGAACUAUGCGCGGAAAUGGCAGCAGAUGCGGCCUAUCCCAUCGGUGGUGCGUGCCUACCCCUUGGUGGGACAUGCACUGUUAAUGAAACCCAACAGCGCAGACUUUUUUCAGCAGUUAAUUCAGUACACAGAAGAAUUCCGGCACCUGCCACUCAUUAAGCUUUGGAUUGGACCAGUACCCCUGGUGGCCCUUUACAAGGCAGAGAACGUGGAGGUAAUUUUGACCAGUUCGAAGCAAAUUGAUAAAUCAUUUAUGUACAAGUUCCUACAGCCAUGGCUAGGACUAGGACUUCUCACAAGUACAGGGAACAAGUGGCGCUCCAGGAGGAAGUUGUUAACGCCCACAUUCCAUUUUACAAUUCUGGAGGAUUUCUUAGAUGUCAUGAACGAGCAAGCGAAUAUAUUGGUUGAUAAGCUUGAAAACCAUGUCAAUCAAGGAGCAUUUAACUGCUUUGUUCACAUCACUCUUUGUGCUUUGGAUAUUAUCUGUGAAACAGCUAUGGGGAAGAACAUUGGAGCUCAAAGUAAUGAUGAUUCCGAGUACGUCCGUACAGUAUAUCG